ACUGCAGCGCUCCGAGGACGCGUCUGACCGCCUCUUCCCCCCUGGUCACGCUCUCUUCUUGCUUUCCUCUCUUCUCCCUUGCCUACCAUUUCCUCGAGCUUAGCUGACCAAGCCUUUCGCUCUCACGUUCCCUCUCUACUAGCUGGCUGCACCGUUCCUUUGGUGAUUGAGUUUCAUUUUGGCACCACUCCAUCUCUUCCAGUCUCAUGGGGGUGACGGGUCCCAUCUCGGCCGAGCCACGUGGCUUUUCCAAAGGCUCUCCAUCCUUGCGCUGCAUUCUGGCAGAGAUUUUUCCGCAGGGGGGCCGACGGCGGGGGGUGCGCGUGCGAUCUUCUCACUUCUUCCUCCUCUUCUCAACUAAAGCAAGAGAGGAAAAGAAACCACAAUGGCUUCGUUUUCGCUUCCUCAGAUUCAAGAAACGCCCGACCACUGGGGGCCGCCUGCUUCUCCGUUGUCAGGCCUGAACCGGUCGGUGCUGCCCGAGGAGCUGCGCGACAUUCCCUUUGCGCCCUUUUCCAAGGCUGACAAGAUCGGACGCAUCGCCGACUGGAAUGCCAACGCGGGCGCAUCGGGCGGUGAUGGCGGUCGUGGCGCGGGGGGACGUGGUGCCCAGGGUCGGCGCGACGGUGGGGCCCAGUCGUACGGCGCGGGCGCAUCGGCGUUCACCUACUUCCAGGGCAACGACGAUGCGACAUUCAGCGUCGUCGACAACACCCGUGCCACGUCGUCGAACAAGCGUGGCGGCAUCAGCCUCGGCCAGAUGACGCGUGGACGCGGUGGCGCCGGCGGUGCACGGGGCGGUGGUGCCACGGGCACGAGGCUCGGUGGUGCUGCCUCGCGCGGCUCCGUCGUCUCGCGGGGCGGCGGCCGGGGCGGCUUCUCCCGUGGCGGCGGCGGUGGCUUCCGUGGCGGACGCCGCGGCGGAUGGCGCGACUGGGACCGGCCGCAGCGGACGCGGGAGCCCUCGGUGGCGGUGGGCCAGGAGUGGGAGCAGCUCGAGGAGAUUGACUUUUCGCGCCUCGCCAAGCUCCGCCUCGACGUCGGCGAGCCCGAGGACGUGUCGCAGUACGGCACCCUGUACGAGUACGACCGGUCGUACGACCGCAUCAGCAGCGUGCGCUUCGAGAAGCCGCUCCAGCCCAUGGACCGUGUCCGUUACAACCCCACCACGUCCGACGACCCUGUCCUGCAGGAGCUGGCGGCCCAGCCACCGGCGGCUUCUGCAGGUCCCGUCACGCGCAUCUUCCUCACCGACUCCAUCCUCGCCCUGCUCAUGUGCACCACGCGGUCCGUCUACCCGUGGGACAUUGUCGUCACGCGUGACGCUGCCGGCAACAUCUUCAUGGACAAGCGCGACGGCGGUGCCUUUGACUAUGUCACCGUCAACGAGAAUGCCGCCGACCCGCCGGCAGAGCUCGAGACAAAGGACGAGACGGGCCGCGACAAGGCAGCAGCCACUGCGACGCUCAACACCCCGGGAAGCCUCUCGCUCGAGGCCACGUACAUCAACCAGAACUUUGCCUUUCAGGUCGUCAAUGAGAAGAAGCGCCACGAGCUGGCCAAUGGGCCCAACCCCUUCUACGAUGCGCGCGCCGAAAAGGACCCCGUGGCCUCGUGCGGCUUCAAGUACCGCAAGUUCGACCUCUCGACGCCCAGCGACGCCGUCGAGCUCUUUGUCCGUACCGAAGUCGAUGCCGUGCUGCCGGCGCUCCAGAAGGGCGGUGCGCCCCAGUACGUGACCAUCAAGACGCUCAACGAGUUUGACUCGCGCGCCCAGGGCGCUGGUGGCGCUCCCGACUGGCGCACCAAGCUCGACAGCCAGCGCGGUGCCGUCGUGGCCACCGAGAUGAAGAACAACGGUGUCAAGCUCGCCCGCUUUGCCGUCCAGGCCAUCCUCGCCGGCGCCGACAACAUGAAGAUGGGCUACAUCUCGCGCGCCAACGCCCGCGAUGCCUCGCGUCACGUGAUCCUCGGCACCCAGUGGUACAAGCCGCGCGAGUUUGCCGCCCAGAUCAACGUCAACCUCUCGAUGGGCUGGGGUAUCGUGCGCACCGUCGCCGACCUGGCGCGCAAGGCCAAGGGCGGCGAGGGUCCCGCCAAGUUUGUGCUCAUGAAGGACCCCAACAAGGCCCAGGUCCGCUUCUAUGCCGUGCCCCUCGCCUGGCCUGCCGAGGACGACGAGGGCGACGACGAGGAGGCGCUCGCCGAGGUUGCUGCUGCUGCGCCUGCGCUGACCGCCGCGCCCGAGGAGUAGGUUCUCACAUUCUCUGCGUGAAAGAUUAGACCUGGAGGUCACUUCCAUCGUUCACUCUCAUGUAGAAAGGCAUUUCUGAUUGUGGAAUGACAAGAUGCGACGCGAUUGCAUUUCUGCU